GGGGCGUGGCCUCCCGCGGGGGGGGGGGGCAGCGCAUGCGCAGAACCAUCGAAGGUGCCAGAAGGAUCCGAGCGGCGGAGGCGGCGGCAGCGGCGCCGGGCACCGUUCGACCCGCAGAGCUGCUGCGAGCGCCGCCCCGGUCCCCGCUCAGAGAGAGCCGCAAUCCCGGCGCAUCCCGGCGCCGUGGGACCCGGCGGAGCCGCCCCCGAUUCCGGCCUGGUGGAGCCCGGAAAGCCUCGGCGGUGGAGUCGCUCCGGGCGCUGUCGCAGCUGCACUCGCUGCAGUCGGGCCCCUCGCGGGCCUUCCGGCGCGGCGCCCCGGCCCGGCCCGGCUCCCGCUCCCCGGCGCCCAUGGCGGAGCCGCGGCCGCCGCCGCCGGCCUGGGAGGAGGACGAGUGCCUGGAGUACUACGGGCUGCUGUCGCUGCACCGCCUCUUCGAGGUGAUCGGCGCCCAGCUGACGGAGAACGACGUGGCCGUGCUCUCCUUCCUGCUGCAGGAGACGCCGCCGGGGCCGCACCCGCUGGACCCCGCGCUGUGGGCGGAGGAGGGCGCCCAGCCCCCCGCCCCGCUGCUGGAGCGCUGGCGGCGGCGGCGGCGGCCGCGGCGGGCGGCGGCGGCGGCGGGGGGGGGCGGGCGGCGGCGGGCGGGGGGCGGCGGCGGCGGCGUGGAGCUGCUGCUGGAGCUGGAGCGCCGCGGCCUCUGCGACGAGAGCAACCUGCGGCACCUGCUGCAGCUGCUGCGGGUGCUCACGCGCCACGACCUGCUGCCCUACGCCUCCCUCAAGCGCCCGCGCACAGUCUCCCCCGAGCGCUACACGUGCGGCCCCUCGGUGGGCGCCGACCGGCGCGUCGACAGCUGCCUGGACGCCGCCUCGGCGGAGCCGCGCCAGGAGCACUGGGACGCAGCGUCGACCUCCGGCAAGCGGAAGCGGGCGAGCAGAGGCAGGACGCGAGCCAACGCGCCGGGCCGGCGGCGGCGGCGGGGGGGGGCCGCGGCGGCGCCCGCCCCCCAGCCCGAGACCCCCGCCAAGGUGACGUGUGACAUCCGGCUGCGGGUGCGGGCCGAGUACUGCGAGCACGAGCCGGCGCUGCGGCAGAGCGUGGCCUCCAACAAGCGGCACCGGCUGGAGCGGCAGCUGGACGUCUUCGGGCAGGCCAGCGCCGUGCUCAAGGCGCGCGACCUGGGCGCCAUCAUCUGCGACAUCAAGUUCUCGGAGCUCUCCUACCUGGACGCCUUCUGGGGCGACUACCUCAACGGCUCGCUGCUGCGCGCCCUGCGCGGCGUCUUCCUCACCGAGGCGCUGCGCGAGGCCGUGGGCCGCGAGGCCGUGCGCCUCCUCGUCAGCGUCGACGAGGACGACUACGAGCGCGGCCGGCGCCUGCUGCUCCGCGCGCCCACGGACCCCUGACCGGCGCGGCCUCUCCGGCGGCGGCGACGAGGGCCACUGCGAGCGCGGCUGGUGCCCGGACCGCCGGCGGCCGACGCGGGGCCUCCGCGUCCCAGUGCGUCCAGCCCUGGCAGCACCCGGCUCCCGGUGCGUCCAGCUCCCGGUGCGGC